AUGGCAUAUCCACACUCGGUCGCUGGAAGUCAGGAAGGUCGCGAAAUGUCGCGAAAUCAACGUGAUCUUGUGGAUACUUGCUUCGAGGAAGGCCAAUAUGAGUCAGGGAUUCAAACGCUCGAACAGCUUCGCUCACUAAACCUCAGGCCUUCCGUAUCACAUAUCCGCCAGUUACUUUACAUAGCACUGUAUCCUCCACCGCCUGAAACAGCCGAUAAAAGAAAGGAAAAAGGACAAGUGUCUAUGUCUCCCAUCAAGUCUUCACCAAACAAAAAUAAUCAGCAACAGAGGUCUACCCACAUACCAUCUCCUGAUGCCACGGCGGCUGCACAAAGCCUGCUUACGUCGUUCGCUCUCACAAACUCUCCUAUCUCCAUUUACCGCGCCUUGCCACAAUAUGGCUCUCACAAUGAUGUCCGAAGCUCACCGGACCUCACCGGAGAAGAAGAUGAUUCUAUCAUUGCCCGGGAGUCUGCCUGCAUAGUCAAGAGCAAGCAUUGUUGGGCUAUCCUUAAAGAGAGAUUUAUACAGCGUAAGCAACUGUCCGUCAUGUCAAAAAAGGGGAACAGGAAGUCGCGCAGCAGCUACAUUUACGAUCACGAAGAAGAAGCAUCUGUUGAAUCUGCAGAGCCAUCACCCCUUUCUUCGGUUGCAGACCAUGUGUGGCCGGUAUUAGACUGGCUGAUUAUAUUAUUUGAAAAUGAUGAAUCUCUGACAGAGGAUGUAGGAUUACCGCGACAUUCUCCACUAUUAUUAUCUCAAAUCCCCCCUCCUGUGUCUGGUGGUGCGCGAUGCGAUGUUGAUGCACCUUUGGAUAUUGUGUGGUAUUCUCUGAUGCAGAGCGACCAUAUGCGGAAAACAAUGGGUUCCCGAAUCAUGUCUUUGCUGAUAAAUCUCAUGUCAUCGACUCAUUUUGAUACUAACACGUUUGUUACUUCUGUGGCUGCCCGUCUUUUCUCAUCGACCCCAGACUUCUGCAACACAUUCUUCUCUUGUUUACCUGCCUCGUCGUCGGUUCUCACGUUUAAAGUGGCGCUUUGCAGAAAAUAUCUUGCUGGCGUUUCAACAAACGCUGGACCAGAGCAGUCAAAUCACCGUCCAAAACCACAAGCACGCGCUAUACGGAGUGCACGCCGCAGCAGUACAUCUCAGGUGGACUUUGCUUCCUCCACCGGUACUACUAACUUGUUAUCAGUCUCCAACAAAUCUAUGCUUCCCUCAGCUACCGAAAUAAUGCAGCUGUCUCUAAUCGAAUAUCAUGAAACAGGAUUACAGAGUGGUCAUGCUCAAUUAGUCCGAGCUAAAUACGAAAUUCUCCUUGCAUAUGGCACACUGAAGGACGCUUUGCCUACCGAACAGAAGGACUCUGAAUGGCAAGCAAUGGUUUCCAAAGGACGGCUUGAGCAAGCCAUCACAUUAGCAUUCCCGCAGGAAGGCGAAGGGUGCACCUACAGAGAAGCUCUCCUUGCGACCUUGAACAUUUGGAGGCUUGGUUAA